AUGCACUACACAGCUUGUGAUAAGGACACCGAGCAGCCACUCAACAGCAGAGAUUCUUCAAUCACGCACAAGCCUUUGACCAGCAAGGAAGCCUUCAUACGCAUUGGCAUCCCUGUCAUUGCCGCCAUCCUGUGCAUCGGGAUUCUCAUCAGCCUCAUCUUCCUCAUUAAACUAGCGGUAGAAUCCUACUACUUCUUCUGCAGCCAAACCUACAAGUUCAUCCCCCUCAACCUCCAGUGCGACGGGAGCGUGGACUGUGCCUGGGGGGAAGACGAGAUCGGCUGCGUGCAGCAGAUGCCCGAUAGCACCAUCGUAGGAGGUGAGUCCUCGGGUCGCACCGGAGGGAGGAAACCAAUGUCUGCCGGGGCCUCUGCUUCUCUCUCCACAGUCCGUCUCUCCCGUGACAGGUCCAGCCUGCAAGUGCGCGACAGAGAGUCGGGCCGCUGGGCCUGGGCUUGCCAUGACGACGCCUUUGACAUCGCCAUGGCCACGGCUGCCUGCAAGCAGAUGGGCUACAGCAGUGUCCCCACCUUUAGUCCUGUGGCAGCUGGUGAUAUGCAGCAGGGGCAGCUCCUCAGACAGGUGACUCUGCAGGGUGGGGAACUCCGCUGGACAGAUUCAGAAAGGCAAUGCCCCUCUGGCUCCAUCAUCUCUCUCUCCUGCUCAAGUGAGUAUGUGCGUGCUCUUAGUGCUGACUACAGAGCAGCAGUGACAUUGACCUGCCUGGACUUGGGCAGUUGCCAGCAGAGUUGCGGCCGUAACUCGAAGUUACUACGAGUCAUGGGUGGUGGUCCAGCUUCCAUCAAGACAUGGCCAUGGCAGGUCAGCUUGCAGCACAAGGGGCAGCAUGUCUGUGGAGGGAGCAUCAUCGACCCCCAGUGGGUACUGACAGCAGCACACUGUUUCCGGACCAACCUGGUGACGAAGUACUGGCGAGUGAAAGGUGGCUCUGAAAUCCUCUCAAGUGCCACUGCUGUCCCUGUGGAGAAGGUCUUCGUCAUCGACGUCAAGUACAUGUUCCCCAAAGAUGAGGACAUUGCAUUGGUCAAGCUGCAAAACCCUUUGAACCUCCCAGGGUCAGUGAAGCCAAUCUGCCUGCCUUUCUUUGAUGAUGAAAUGGUCCCAGGAACCCCCUUGUGGGUGACAGGCUGGGGAUACACCAAGCAAGAUGGUACACUGUCCAAGGUGCUGCAGGAGGCACAGGUGAAGUUGAUUGACAGCAGCAUCUGCAACGCACCUGAUGCCUACCAUGGGGAGGUGUCCGAAAAGAUGCUCUGCGCAGGCCAUGAUCGGGGUAGAGCUGACACCUGCCAGGGAGACAGCGGAGGGCCACUGGUACACCAACAGGUCCAGUGGCACAUCGUGGGCAUUGUCAGCUGGGGCCAUGGCUGUGGAAGCCCGAGCACCCCCGGCGUCUACACCAAAGUGCAAGCCUACCUCAACUGGAUCUACACCAUCCUCAGGGUCAGUGUUGCUUUUCCUCUGGGGUAGGACCCAUUUUCUGUCCUGGCAGGAUGGCAGUGGGUGGGCAAAGUUAGGCUGCCCGCCACCAGGGGAAUGGGAUCCUUCAUGGAGGUGCCUCUGCCUCAGAUGGUCACCAGGCGGUUCCUCUGUGGUUU